AUGACGCGGAAGAUGUUAUCUAGUCGAUACUACAAUUCCUCGGACUACAUCAUUCGAGGACGGAACGAAGUUGCAACGGAAGAUUUUUUCUAUUGUAAAAUCGUUACACCAGCAUUGUCGCGUCGCUGUCCAUUCUCAGUCCUUGACGGGAGGAGAGCUCCUAGCGGCUCGGAGUGCAAUUCUACUGCUCUGCUAUUCCCGUUCAAGACGGACAACGGACAUGAGAUAGAAGUUCGACAUCAAGUAACAUUGGAAAUUAUUCCGUGUGAAGAUAAUCUACAAACUCGAGUUGUGAAUCAACUUUCUCUGUGUGCCUUUCCCCUUGUGCUCCACUCUUUUGGCUUAUCGAACAAGGAAUCGCGAGAAGAUGAUACAACAAAUGUCAAGGUUUUCAAGCUCUUUGUAUGGCGGGGGGAACACUUAGCGGGGCUAGAAGAUUACCCGCUCAACAACUUGAAGUUUUUGAUCGACGUCGAUAACUCGGAAGUUUUAUACCUCCACGCACAGGACGUGACUGCAUCGGUAUAUUUUAUGAGGGGCCAUCCCGUUGCAGACGCUUUCAAGAGGCGGAUUUUCAAGCGUUCAUUUUAA